CCUGGGCUACAGGCUGUGCAAGUCUAGCCCUGCAGAGCGAAAGUAGUCUUGGUGGCUCUCGCCUGUGGCUCGGGUUCUGCUUGUGCUCGACCUCGCAGCUAUGGCAGGACCUCAGGAGUUUCUGAGUGGGAAGCUCCGGCUCUGCUUCACCCCAGCUGCCCGGACCAGCCUCCUGCUGCUCAGGCUCAAUGAACCGGCGUUGCGGGCGCUGCAAGAGUGUCAGCGUCAACAGGUUCGGCCAGUGAUCGCUUUCCAAGGCAACCGAGGGUAUCUGAGGCUCCCAGGCCCUGGCUGCUCCUGCCUCUUCUCCUUCACAGUGUCCCAGUGUGGCCAGGAGGGCCCUGGUGGUGGUGGCUUGGACCUUGUGUGCCAACGCUUAGGCAGAUCUGGACCUAACCGCCUGCACUGCCUGGGCCCACUCAGGGAGCGCCUCACUAUUUGGGCAGCCAUGGAUUCUAUCCCAGUUCCAUCUUCAGUUCAGGGACACAGCCUGACUGAAGAUGCCAGAGAUCCUGAGAAUUGGCAGAACAUGGGAGACUAUUCUGGAAAUGCAGCCUCACGGUCACUGAUGGCACUAGAAGAGGUGCCAGGUCCACUGGCAAGCAGCCAAGAACAGGCACUCCCAGGAUCCUCGAGGGAACACAUGGCACAGUGGGAAGUGAGAAACCAGAGCCGUCUUCCAAACAGAGGACCCAAUCAGACACUGCCUUCCUCUGUUGGCCGGAAACAUCUGGACAAAAAGCGUCCAGCACCUGGGGGCACUAUAGAACUGAAAGGAAAGAGGCUCAGGACUCUGCCUCUAGCUCCAAGUCCCUUUCAAGAGCUGCCCAGUCAGGACCUACAAGAGGGAGACUGGGAGCCAGAAGAUAAACAUGAAGACGUGGGCCCCAGGCUUGAGCACAGUCCCUCAGUUCAAGCAGACUCUGAAUCCCCAAGCCCUGAAGAGGUACCAGAUUACCUCCUGCAAUAUGGGGCCAUCCACAGUGCAGAACAGCAACAUGCUUAUGAGAAGGAUUUUGAGACAGAUUAUGUUGAGUACCGCAUCCUGCAUGCUCGAGUUGGGGCUGCAAGCCAAAGGUUCACAGAGCUGGGAGCAGAAAUCAAGAGAGUUCAGCGAGGAACUCCAGAACACAAGGUGCUGGAAGAAAAGAUAGUCCAGGAAUAUAAAAAGUUCAGGAAGAGGUACCCAGGUUACAGGGAAGAAAAGCGUCGCUGUGAGUACCUGCAUCAGAAAUUGUCCCACAUUAAAGGUCUCAUCCUGGAGUUUGAGGAAAAGAACAGGGGCAGCUGAAGCAGUACCCAAUGAGAUAUGAAGGAAAAAGCAGCUAGAAACUAAAGAAGAGUGCAACUGCUCUUGUUAUUGCUGAGUUCGUGGUACAAGUAGGAGAACUGCUCUACGUUAAGGUUUUAGCUUCAUUGUUGCCAUAUUUUAAAUUUUAGAAUGUGGGCAGUGCCAGCACUCCGUAACUGUGCCCAGGAAACUAGGAAAAGCAGCAGAGGCCUGGCUUCUUCACCUGUAGUUCAGCCAAGUCACUUUCAAAUCCUGAGAAAGGACACCAUUUCCAGGACAAGAUACCUCGAGGACAUUAGAAUUCAGCCUGGUAGUCUCCCUGACAAAACAAUGAGAACUUAUAGGAACUUGCAAUAUACCCAGAUCAAAUGGCAAGGGCCUGGGGUCUUACCCAUGUACUAAAGUGAAUUCUUUUACAAACAUGGCUAAAAAAUUAAAA